AUGGCUGCAGAGUCUGGUGCGUCUGUUGUGCGCUCGGAUAACGGCGUGAUGCUCUGGGAGGUGGGGACCGAGAUGGGGUGCGUGGGGCAGUGGCGUUGCCCGGCUGGCGGUGAGGGCGGCGAGGACGAUGAUGAGGUCGGCGUGCUGGCUUGGAUUCCGGUCGAUGAUGACGGCGGGCAAGCGAUGGGAGGCGGGAAGAAGGGAGGGAAGAAGAAGAAAAAGGGUGGCAAAAAGAAGAAGGUCAAGGCUCCGCCGUCUCUGCGUCGUCCGACCGAUGCUCUGAUCACCGUUGGUCGCCAGGUCAUGCGGGCGGUGGGCCUAGCGCCGGGACAUGAUGGCGUCGACAGUGAAAUCCUGCCAGUCGCCUGGUCAGUGGCACUGCUUGGUGACGAUGCCGCAGGCAUUUCGAUCAACUCGCGCGGAAGCCGGGCUGUGAUUGCCGACGAUGCGGGCACGGUGACAAUCUUGGAGACCCGGACCGGUGCGCCCGUGGGCGCGCUCUCGGUGCACGGCUCGCUGGCUGGCGAUGUGGCGUUUGCUCCUGCGCUUGGCGCUGCAGCCGUGGUGAGCGGCGGGUACGACUCGAUUCUGGCGCUGUCGUACCUGCCGGCGAGCAAGGCUGGCAAGACCAAGCCGUUCCGGCUCGAUUUUACGCCGCCAGCCUCGAGCGUCGAACUGACCCAGAUGGUCAACCCGCCGUAUGUGCACGCAGUUGAGGUGGUGGCGUACCUGGCGGUGGUGGCGCGCGGUGAUGGAGUCGUCUCUUUUGUCAACCUCAAGACUGGCGCGGUGGUGCGCAACGUGCGCGGGCACCGGGCACGGGUGACCCAGAUUGCGGUCGCCAAGCUCGAGCCGACAAGGGCUGCUGGAGUGUGGGAGGCAGUUGUGGUUUCGGCGUCGGACGACACAACGCUCCGGGUCUUUGCGCUGAGCUUGGAUCUGAAUGCUUCUGCUGACGCGCAUGUGCUCGACGACCCGGCUGCCGAACUUGUGCGUGACGACGCGGUGCUGGUGGUCGACCACGGGCUCAAGAUCAACUGGAUCGCGACAUCGCCUCUGAGCAGCGGGUCCGGCCUGGAGGUGCUGGUGGCCGACACUUCAUGCUCGCUCGCGCGCUACGAGCUCGCGCUCGAACUCGGAUCCGGGCAUGUCUAG